UCUUUCUCCUUCCUUCAUUCCUACGCACGUACACACGUUACCUACAUCCCUACGCGUAUGUAUGUGUUUAGCUCUCAACUUAACGCAUUUCCCUAUUUUCUUCUUUCAUUUCGGAUCUGCACCUCAUCUGUACGAAUUACUUGCUCUCUUUAUUAUUCUUUUAUUUCCUGCUAGCCGUUGGAUUUACGCAGCUGUUGCUCCAUUUCUCAGUUUUUAUAGGGAAAUUUUUCCUUGCUUUCGAAUUCUGUAUUUUUGAGGUUGAUCGGUCCAAUGAAACGUUGCAACGGAAAGGAAGGACGUCUGCCGAAUUCGUAGAAGGAGGUUGCACGAAACAAAAGUGAAUGUUUGCUACACAACUGCUGAGGAUUCUUGAAGUUGAAACUUCUCCCACGGAUGUGAAGGGUGAAAACUGUGUCUGUGACUCAGCUGCACAAGACAUGAUGAUCAUGAAGGAGAAUCAGGAUGGAGCUCAUUACGACUCUAAAUAUUUGGGGAGGGACUCUGACCCCAUGCCUGUUCGAAGUAAAGAAACGGACCAUCCUUCACCUUUUGAUGUAAAAGGCACAGAGGUGUAUUGGAACCCUAAACUUGACGAUGAUCUUUCCACAAACAGAAAUGGACACCUUAAAGGGGACGAGUUUCAAAAUGGACCUCUUUGUCGUCAGGAAAGUCUGGAGGAUGAUAUAGAUUCAGUAUCUUCUGACACAAAUGCUAAAGAUGAAGUGCAAAACACGCCAGAGCAUGAUAAUGAAAAUAAAUCAAGUGAUUGUAUGUCUCCGUAUGUAGCUACCGCUUCAGACUUGUUCGGAAGAGAUAAACAUUUGUAUAUGGAUAAAAAUGUGCUGGAAUAUCAGCGACCUGAGUUGGUAGUUUGCUAUAAGGAACUCAAUUAUCAUGUUGUGAAGGAUAUAUGCGUUGAUGAGGGAAUGCCUGCAAACAGAAGAAUUUUGAUAGAUAAUGUUGAGGAUGGUCAGUCUGGGAAUUGUUUUCCUCAUCCUCAGAAUGACCAUAGCAACCAUGCGGCUACUGGAGGUGUUGAAGACGAAUUUCUCAUAUCAAAUGUACUAGAAGCUGCUACUUCACUGGAGGAUUCAGAGUUUGUUGUUGCUAAUCAGCAGGGGAGCAAUGAGAUAUUCCUUGUCCAAGGCCAGCCAAAUUCACAGUCAGAAAGAUCUUCAUUCAAGGAUACCGCCACAGGUUGUUAUCUGGAGGAAUCGAUACAGGAAGAUGGAAUGGAUUUUGGAGCGACCAGCGAAACAGCAACGCAUGCUCCGGAUGUGGAGUCUUUUGUAGAUGAGACUCUUCCAAUUCAAGAAUUUGGCACUCGUAGUUUCCUCAGAUCUUUUCUGAGUGCUUUUGAUGCUGAUGGAAAUGAGCUGCCAGAUCAGUUUUCUGAAGGUCCUGCUGCGACAUCAACAGAAGCAAGGCCAAAGGAGGAUGUGCAGAAAAGUAGCUUAAAAUACAACAGUCAGGUGGAAACAAGAAGCAUAACGUUCAAUUUCAACUCCUUGGGUGCUACAAGUGGGGAAACAGAACUCAUUAAGGAACACCCUGUUGACUCGAGAGAGGUGAUCGAAUCUGAAAUUCCUUCAGAUACUAGGCAAAGAGGACAACCUCAGGAUUCUAGCAUAAAUGACAUGAACAACAAUAAUAAUGCUCUAGAUCAGUCCCUUGACUGCAAGGAUGAUAGGGCUGCUGACAAUGGACCAGUUGUUAGUCUAAGGAGAUAUGAUCCAGGGGAGUCAAGCUUUUCUGCAGACAGUUACAUAACACACUCAGGGCCAAUAGCAUUUUCUGGAAACGUUUCCCUUCGCUCAGAUGGCAGUGCAACCAGUGGCAGAUCUUUUGCCUUCCCAGUAUUACAAUCUGAAUGGAAUUCCAGUCCAGUGAGGAUGACAGAAGCUGAGAGGAGACGUUUUCGGAAACACAAGUGUUGGAGAUCAGGCAUUCUCUGUUGUAGAUUCUAAAGGCUUUUAACUACAUGUUAGGUUGUUAGGUGCAGAAAUACAUUUUGCUAAAUCAAAAUUUAAUUAUUUUUAUUUUAGUUAUAAUUUCGAUAGCCUUGUUGUGCAAAAUGUCACAAGCAUUAUUUAUCUAAAGUAUUUUAUGUAAAAAAACACAAGUUCCUUUUCAGGACCUCCCUCUUGAUAAAACAGUAUUCUUUUUUAA